AGAAGAGAAUAUAAAAUGAAAAAAUAAAGAAUAUAAGAAAGAAAGAAGAAAAGAGAAAUAGAAAGUUUAACAUCUGUAAAAUAUACGUAACGCAAUAUAACGGAUUUGAUUUCGGAGAAAAAUUUAAAUAAAUAUUCGAAAGAAGAUAUAAGAGAGAGUUUUAUGUUAAUAAAUGUAUACGUGCAAUUGUAAUUCAAUUUAGAUACGUUACCCCGGGAACAGAGGGUAUAUAUUCAAGGAACGACGCUCGAAAUACUACUACUUUUAUCCGGGCACCGGGCAUAGUGCCCACAAGUAAGCUCUGUCUUUUCGACAAUGCAAGUAUCUUGCGAGAUUUCGGCCAUGUAAUUUAACGAUUCAUUAUCGUGUCGUUUUCGCUUUCUUAAAGUUUCACAAAGUUUCGAUUAUACAUUUCUGUUACUUAUAUAUUCGAAAUAUAUAUAUAUAUAUAUAUUUUUUAAAUAAGAUCGAAUAAUUAUUCCCACAAUCGUAAUCGACAAAGUUCAUAUAGUUCAAGAAAUAUAGAAUAUUUUUAGUAUUAUUUCAUAUAAUUGCCGUGAUAUCAAGAUUAAGCGUAACGUUUCAAGAUGGGGCGCAAAAAGCACGGGCGUCGAAGCAAAGGAAACGGGAGAUUAUCGUUGAGGAGAUCGAAAUGCGAGGAUCUCGAUUGCGUUGACGACAGGAACGCAGCGAAAACGGGGGAGGAGAAGGAGAGUGGGGGAAAGGAGCGGAAAUUUUCGAGGAGCGGAGGGGAGGAGGAAGUGGUCCCGUCGAAGGUCCCGAUCGAUGCGCGUACCCGAUCGAUGGCCACAUUUUUACGGGGCGACGAUCCAUCGGCGACGAUUUGGCGGGAAUCAUCAUCGAGCGAGGACGAGAACGAGGAUGAAGAGAGAGUCGAGUUGAACGUAAGGCCGCGAUUCGUGUUCGCGUCGAGCCUUUGCGCGAUAUGUAUGGAGAGGUCGAAAUUGUUUUGCGAUCGUUGCCGAAUGGUGUCUUAUUGCUCGACCGCGCAUCGAGCCCAAGGAUCCACGAAGCACGGCGAGUUGUGCGAACCGUUGAACGAGAUUCGUUCGUCGAUGGCGUCCACGCUCUCCGACGGGUCGCGGCUCGACGCGGAACAGUAUCGCGUUUACCGAUUAAAAUUGGCCGCGUUUCUCGAAUCGAGGAUCGGAAGGCCGUUGCAACUUUGGGAGAGAGAGAUCGUCCUGUAUCCGAGAGUUUGCAGGAGUUGUCGUUGCUUCGGCGAGAAAUCGAUUUGCUGCUCCCGUUGCGGAAUGGAAUACUUUUGCGAGGAGCACGCCGGGGAACACGAGAAUUGGUGCGCGCAGUUUCAAAUUUUGCAAAGGGUUUUACUAUUCCAGCAUAGAUACGGUUGGGUCGAUCCGAAAAUACCGAACGAAUACCGCCAAAUAUCCAUUAUCCGACCCGAUCUCGAUCUCGACCGCUUAUUAUUCGAGAUAUACGGCGAUCGCUGUACGUACUAUCGAAACAUGGACGCUUACACGUACUCGACGUUAUCCCAAUUGUGCACGAUCCCACUCACAGCACUUUACUCCACGCAAACUUGUUGUCCCGAGUGGGGGGAUAAAAUCGAGUGGACGAUUCAUCUGGUUGGCGCGGAGUUUCAAUUCGAAGGUAUGAAUUUACGGGUUUGGGAAAAAUUGUUCCUUCAUUUUUUGCCAAAUUUAAAGAAGCUCCGUUUGAUCCUGAUCGGGCCGGAGUUACGAUUGCCGAGCGGCGUGCCACCGAAACUUUUAUCCGCGGUUCCAUUGUGCAAGAAGUGUAAAUCCACCGGUAGAGCGGUCAUCGUCACGUUUAAACCCGAGACGCUUUAUCACGAGGCGUCGGAACGUCUGGUUGCGCCCGAUCUAAUUUGCGUCUACAAUCCUGGCCUCUAUCGAAGAAGGUUCGGGGGGAAAGAUAGCUGGCUGGAAACGAUACGCGAGUUUUGCAAAGCGUCGGUCCCCGUCACCGUCACCUCUUAUACCAAGCGCGAAAUUCUGUGGGAGAUAGCUCGUAUAAGUUCCGUCGCGGAUGUACGAGUCGUUUUGCAACCGCGUGAAAAUCCAUUCGCAUCGGUCAAACCGGAUCGAAACUUUGUCAGCGACGAUACCGAUCCCCUUAUCUACAAGAAUUACUAUCUCACCAUCGUGAGAGGUGAAUCGAAUUUAUCGAUCAACGACCACUCGUAGGUGAUGAUCGAUUCGUAUAUAUACCACCUUUGAAAAAUUUUUUAUUUCCAUUCUUUAUUUCGAACAAAAUGAUAUGGAAGAAUGGGGACAGGAGAAGACAGUUCGUUUCGUGUAUGUUCGCGUAUACGUAUUUCGGCACGUAUUCGUAAGCGCUUGAAAUUUGGUCGAACGUCGAAACGAUUGCCGUUUCCUUCCGGCAAUUUCUAUUUCUAUUAUCUAGCCGCGAAUCACUGCACACAGUAAUUUCGUUUGCAACUGAAGUGCGUUCCGAAAAGAAAGACAGAUUAUAAUUAUACAAAACCAUUUGCGCCGCGUUGGAUAAGAUACAUAGAAAUCGCGAGAGCGAAUAUAUAUAUUAAUUAAAUUACAAUUAGGGAUUGUACAGUUAUUACGAGCUAGUUUUCGUAUACAUAUCUAUAUCACAGACGAAACUGCAUUAAUCGGAUAUAAAUAUACGUAUGCGUUCCGAUUCGAACGAUGGAACGCUUGUAAACGCGUUAUACCUUGUAUACUUGUGCACUUGUGUACGCAUACCGAUACAAAAUAUACCGAUUAUAUUCGACUAUGAUAUACGUACAAUACAAAUUGUUUACCUAAACAAUAUAAUUCGAAACGUGAAAAUUAUGUACACGGUGUAUCGUACAAGGUGUAUCGUCCAUCGCGUUUCAGAUCAUACGAUUAAUUACUUAAUGUAUUCACACACGUCUCUUUGUUUGUGCGGUUUUGUACUGUUUUCAAAAU